AUGUGUGCGGAAAUCGGACGAUGGUCAGAUCCGCGUAAUCAAGCGCAGAUUCUAUUCCUACCUUUCAGUCUGAGCAGUUUGUCCAGUAAUAUAGCCCUUUUGGGUUGUCCCACGGGCACUCUCGAAAUCCAGACUCGGCGCACCGCUGUGUCUACAGGCGGACCGACCCUUGUUAAAUACGGUGAACUUCGCUCGCAAUUCGACAAUGCUCCCUUGCACGGUGGCACGAUUGUUGACCGGCGGGCGGCGGCACGAUAUGCCCUGCCUUGCGAAGGCACAGCAAGCAGUAAACCAGCAUCGCCUUCAUCUGGCCGACGAUUCCAUGGCUGGUGGUUGUAUUUGGCGUUGGACAUAUUAGGCCAUAAGUGGCGGGAUUUCCUCGCAUCUAGACACCCUCUACUCCUAGCCGUGACUGAACCUCCCAGCCUACGCAAUGGGCAGAAAGCCGUUCGAGACAGCACGUACGACCCAGGUAAGUGGCAGCAUGCAGAACUCCACGGCUGGCAAAAAUACGAUGCGGAAGAGAGCGUCCAUGUUGCCAGCAUUGCGAGCGUCUUCAACUGGAAUGCACAUGCAACGCCCGAAAAAUUACCGCCGCAGCUCAGUUUGACCAAGGAUUUAUGGCAGGGCAGCGCAAAAGGCCGUCUUGAUCGAUUGGAAGAAUUGGUCAAGCACAGCAUGCAAACGCCUUCGCAAGCGAGGCUUCUCACUUCGUCCUCUGGGGAGGGCAGUCCGAGUCCAAUGAGCGAAGCAGAUGGCCUACCGACACCAUGCAAUCGCUCCGGUCUAAAUCUGUCUCUCAAGUCUGGCCAUCGUGGAAUAAUUCUAGACGCUGAGACAUUGUACGAACGCUAUCAUGGGCCUCUGUCGCUUUUCUCGUUGGUACAAGAGUUCCAAUGCCACACUUUGGGCUCUCUUGCCAGUCCGGAUGUGCCGGAAAUGCCGACUCAUGCCCUGGUCGCUGCUAUGACUGCUCAACGUCUAGAAGCAUUGGACCUGAAAUACUCAUCCGGAUCGCUUCCCAAGGACAAAUCGCCUCUAGAAACUCCACCAAAAGCAUUGUUCGAGGCCUCAGUCGGGCCGUACUUUGACAGCGUUCAUCCUUCGCUGCCAAUUUGGACGCCUGAAGGGCUGAGCCGCCUCAUGUCCAUCCUGUACAAUGAACAGAAGGAGGAGAAAGACGAUGCUUUAAUUCUCGAGAACAAGGCAAGCACGAACUCCAUCGAAAGAAAGGAUUUCUCAGCAGACGAUAACGCAAGACGCUCUAACCUCAUUGGUAAGCGGGCUCGUCUGAUAUUGGUGCAGGCAAUCAUCGCUCUAUAUCACUUCACACCAGAUGUUUUCGAUCGCUUAUUCGGAUACGCUUUGCAGUUGGCGAAAUCCAUUGGACUUGACCAAAGGAACCAUCUCUGCAGCGGACAGGACGCACUUGCUAGAGCUGAGCGAGCCAAUGUCUCAGCUUGUCUAUACAUCUUGGAGUGUUCCAGCGCGUGGAACAGAAGCUUAACGAUCUCUUUUCGCAUCUCCCCCGAUAAUAUGGAGCUGCUUACGAAAAGAAUCGAUCCAGAUUGCCAGGACUUCUUGUUGCGGAUUCAGCUUGCUAGCAUCGAAGACCAGAUCAAUGCUGGUCUCCAUUCUGAGGCUCCCGCGCUUGAUGAUCUUACAUCGGUCACUCUGGAUGAAGUGUUGGAAAGAGACCCGACUUCGAUAUCUCCAGAAGUUCAGUUGGGAUGCAGAUGGUGCCGUAUUCUAUUGAACUACUUCGGUACUUCAACAGCUCAAAAGCUUCGUGAGCAUGAUAAGGUGAUGAUUUUCCUUCACGCCAGACAUGUCCUUGUUUCACCACCUCUGGCACUUCUAAAAUUGAGCGCUCACCACCUGCGUCAUCCCAACCCAGACGAUCUACACCGCCUGCAAGCUUCCGCCGCCAUCUUGCGAUCGCUGGGAGAACAGAUGGAAGUCAACGGGUCUGGUGAGGUGUCAUACGCCAGGCAGAUGAGCAGUGUUGCCGACAUACUGUCCGAAAUGGCCGGCAAUAUCUCAUUUCAUGCCCACAAGACUUUUGACGCCGUCACGCCAGAUCCAUGGGCUCAUGCACUGGCCAUAGGUAUGUCCCUAAUGGUCUGA